AUGGAUAACAAAGAUACUUUUGAUCCUCCCGAUUUCCAUCUUAAUGGUGCCAAGCAGAUUGACAAGGCAAAAGGUUCUUUGGAGAACAAACAUGCCCCUCUCUUACUACCCUCGGCUGAUUCUUCUUUCUUAGGGGAUACCUUUAUACCUGGUCAGUCUUACCCUUCCAACAUUCCAUUGAAAUGUCCAGUACCAAUUAAAUGCGCUAGCAUUGCAAAGGUAAGUGAAAAAGGGAAAGGAUCUGUAUCUUUGAAACUCAACAACAAAGGGUUUGGAAAGCAGGUGAAGAUUAUCCCUAUACUUGCAGAAAGAAGAAACUCAAGGAGUUUGUGGACUCAAGAAGAAACUCAGAUUGAAGAAAACAUUCAAACCAAUACAAAUGAAGACCUUGUCAAAACAUUCUUGCAACAAAUGUGUGUGUUUGCCCUUUUGAAAAAAUUUGGCAUCGGCUGUUUGGUUCAUUAUCUCUCAAUGAAUUUGAUUGUUCACAUGCUUAUCAAAGAGUUCAAGGAUUACAAGGAGAAUUUUGAAAAAACUAGCAUUAUAGAGCUGCAUGAUCUUCAACAGAAAUACAAGCUACUUGUUUCAAAGUUAGAGGAGAAGGAGUGCUGCAUCCAACAACAAGAGGAAGGAUUAAAUAAAAGUAAGGAAUCCACAGAAAGUGUUUCAGUUGCAGCCCUGGAAUUCUUCGAGAACAUUGCUACGCAUUCUUCAAGAGUGAUGAAACUAAGUGACGUAGCUCAAGAGGAGAUCUCUCAGAAAUUUGCUGAUUUUGAGAACAAGUUCAAGGAAGAGGCUGAAAGACAUGAGGAGGAGACCAAAAAUCAAAUUUCAACAAUUUUGGCAAACUCUAGAUCUGAGAGUGUUGCUAUGGUCUCAGAGGCUUCCCAAAUUAUGAAAGAUGCAUAUGGACAACAGCCUACUAUGGUGCAGAAAGAGAUGGUCGAAAUGAUGAAAUUUUCUGAUGAAGCUAAAAAGAUGGUCAUCAAAUUGAAGAACAAGUAGUCAAUAUGUGAAACAUAUGUUCAUGUAACUGAUGAUGGAGUAGUAUUUUUGGAACCUAGAUAUAAUGUUACAUGUGGAACCUAGAUAUAAUGGAGUAGUAUUUCAUUUCUUAUUUGAGACAAAAUGUUUUUUUUUUUAACAAGGUUUGAGACAAAAUGUUAUGUGGAUAUAACAAACAAGUAAUAUGUGGAUCAUUUCUAUUA